AAAUUCUACCCAAGAGAAUGAUCGUAUUUAUGACAGUCACAAUAGCUUGGGCUUGUGCCUACAUUUACAGCCCCUCUCACAUGUUCAUACGUAUGUUGUAGUAUGUAACAUGAGAAUGACUUUCUGACGGAAAACUUCUGACUAUUAUGGGGAAAACAUUUUUUUUUUGGUCUACUAAGUUACUAGAUCUAUAUAACAGUUUGAUAACCACUGCGUAUUUACCCCGUUUAGAUUUAGCUAAUUAACAAAUUAGCAUCGAAGCUCGUGCUAACCUGGACAGCUUCCGUUUGCCCGGUGAUUGUUUAUCGAAACAUUGAAUGCACCUUGUACGAUUGUCUGGCUAUAGAAUAUCAACACCAACACAUACUGUCACAUAGUGACAUAGACUAGCAGAUCUGAAGCCAGUGUUUUAUGGCUCUAUAAUAAAAACUAAAAUGUAACUCUUUGAGCUAUUCCAACUUACCUAGAUAACAAUAAGCUGUCAAAUAGUGUACAGGAGACUAACUUUGAAAAUAAAGACCUCUAGCUGCUUUAACUUAGGUCAAUCCUUAGCCAAGAUAAAUCAGCAAUAUGCUCCUGCAAAAGGAUAAUACAUUUUUUCAAAAGAAAUAGAAACUACUGAAGACUGUUGUGAGGAUGGUGCCAAGUUUGAACAAUGACCACCAUCAUCCUCCCUGUCCUCCAGUUGUGGUCUUAAACUUUAUAUCUAAGAAAAACAAACAGAACCAGACUUUUUUAAUGCUAAAUAACUACCAGGCCUGUACAAUUCAGUAGACAAUUGUCUACUGAAUAUUUUAGGGACUUGAUGGUAAUGUUUUGAAUCAUUCAGUGUGGAAUCAAAUGUAUCACUGAUAUUCAAACUAUGAUCCAUAGUCCAUAUCCAGCGAGUGACAGGUCUUAACUGGUCACUUGAAAUUCUCGCUAUGCAGAAUGAAGCAGAAAAGACUUAAUUCAUUGAACACCACAAUUUUGUGUGACCUGUGACACACAUAUUGCACACAUGUGGCCCCUAGAGCAAACAAGAUUCAGCACCAUUGUAAUACAUACAGUUUGCAAGCCAACAUAAUUUUUUAUUUGGAUCUGAGAACAUUUAUAAGUAUCUAACACUAUUCAACACUUUCUGACAGCCGAAACUUUGCAAAAUACAUGGUUAAAAUGCUGUCUCAUGUAUUUCAAUGAAGUGUGAUUUAUCAGUAUAUUGUAACAAGUACUGCGUCUCUGUGUAACUGGUUUCUAAAACUAACAUAAAACUAUUUUGCUAAAAAAAAUAUUUAAAUGUACUUUUUUCCUUUAAGAUAGGACUUUUUUUUUUCCUUUUAGUACAAUACUUAUAAUAGCAUCAUAUGCAGGAAAAAUGCAGGUAGCUGAUUUGUAUGCUGACUUUAUCAAUCUCACCAGUGAGAUAUAGUGAGUCACGAUGGCUGGUGGUGAAUUCUAUCUCAGCUCGGAUGCCCUUCAAGAUUCAUUGCUAUUCUGAAGCUACUGCAUGUGGGUCGAAAGUUUUUCAGAUUUCCCUUAGCGGAAAUGCCAAAAGUAAGCUAUCUCUCCACUGUUCACUGGACCUGACAGAGAAUCUGGUAUUGAAAUCAUUGAAUCCAAAUCUAGUUGCAGCCAAAGUGAGCGAAAGUAUGAAAAAUGUUAUGAAUCAAGAAAGACCUUCAGUUAAUACCAAGGAAGUGAUUACAGUUAACACAAGUCUGGACCUGGACACAUUCUCAAAGCUCUUACCUUUCUUGCGAUGUUACUUUGUGAAUUCUCCGGUGAAUGAAGAAAACAAACUAAAUAUGGAGGACCAAGCCUCAAAAACUACUAGACUUAUCAAGACUACAAAUCCAAUUCCAAUGUAUUCAACUAAUGCUGAUGCCUCAAACACAACCAGACUUAAUGAGACCACUGACCCAACCUAUUCAACUAAUGCUGAUGGCUCAAUGGAAAAAAAAUCCUAAUGGUCAUUUCAAUUUGCUCAACUUUCUUGAUUGCUGUUGCAUUUGGUUUGUACUGGCAUUUUAAUUUACAUUUGGAAAAGAGUAUUCAAUGUCGGUUCAGGUGAAAUUAUUUUUUGUAUUUAAAGGAUUAUAAGCUAUAUUUGUUUUGAUUUUUAAAUCAACUUUCUCAUCCUUUUUCUGUUUCCCAUGUUUGGUACUUAUAAAUACAGACGGUACUUCAAAAAAGAAGAUGAUUACUAUUUGGGCAUAAAUAAACCCACCCCUUUGUAGACACUACUCCCAUCUUUAUAAAACUCUAAACCAGGCCCUCUUAGUCUUUAAAUGCCCCUAAUUAAUUCACAAAUCCGUUUACCACAUUAACCCAGCAUAACCAGCUGAAAGAAAACAACAAAUUAUGCUAUUCUUCCUUGGUACAGACCGCAAAAAGAGCUCAGGGCAAAAAGCUGGCUGGAAAAACUAGAACGACGCAGAGCAGUCCUCUGUAUUUUUAGUUCCUAUUUCUCACAAUGAUGCUAAAUGUUUUACUCACCAUAAACUUUUUUUUAUGUGCGCAAUGGAAAAUCAUGUCUGAUUUUGGGUUAAAUUUUUCCAACUUACCUAGUGUGUGUUUUUAUUAUAUUAAGGAAGCCACUUGACAAAUAUAAGCCCAACGUCCAUCCACUGAUUCUUCACCAGGACGUUUGAAGGAAAGGUUUUAGCUGUUUAAGAUAUCACUCGCGGAAGUUUGAUAUUAAUAAAAUAUAAUUCCUUUUUGUUCAACUAAAAUAAAAGCAAAAGGAAAUUUGAAGUUUUUUUUGCUUAAAUACAACAUAUUCAUCAUCCUAUAUCUUCAAAGCUGAUAGAAUCCUCCUAGCAUUGUUUAAGUUAGCUAAAUCAUACACAAAUUUUCGUAUAUCAAUACCUUCUGAUUCAUAAGCCAGCAAUUCAUGUAUAUUUUUAACAGCACCAAUAUUAAAAAGCUACUUUUUGUGCUUAUUGUCAUGCUAAUGUCUCAGAAACUAGAAAUGCUAUUGAAUAACUUAUUUCACCAUGGCCUUAAAUGUGCUUAAAAAAAAAAAAGAUGUGACAGCUGCUUUUAGCCUGAUCCCUUUUUUUAAAUAUUAAACAUGCAUCUAGGUGAAUUUCUAAACUAGCAUAAUGUUCUGUUUCAAGUUUCAAUAAAGCAAAAACACUAUAUAUUUAUGUAUACAUAAAUACAAGGAAAUGCAAAAGAGAAAUUACACAUACAUGCACACGCAUGCGUGUGCACAGACACACACAUAUAUACACAUACAUACAUACAUACACACAUACAUAUAGCAUUACUAAUAUUUUUACAUUAUUUUUAAAACUUUGUAGCAGCCCAUUUGUCUCUG